AUGGCUCUGGUCAUGGAGCCUAUUAGCAAGUGGCUGCCUAAGCAAGUGGUGGAUUGGCUGAAAGGUCUUGAUGACUGUGUCCAAUUCUACUUAGACAACUUUGAGAGUGAGAACGUCAACGGAGAACAGCUCCUCCGCAUAACAAACCAAGAACUUGAGGAUCUGGGAGUGAUCAUCCCUGAUCACCAAGAUAUCAUUUUAGAAGCAGUUGACUUACUGAGUAUAUUGAACCAUGAACUAGAAACUGAAAAUCUGAGAGCACUUGCCCACAGGCUGAAUGUGGCUGCCAAAGGCCUCCAGGGCUUUCUAGCUGGACGAAGGAGGAGUGGCCUCUCUGAUGGUAGAACAUUGAGACAACUACCAAAUAAUUGUCUCACUGCUGUAGUUGACCUGAUUGGUGUCGCCAAGAAAUUACUGGCCUGGCUCGACAGGCUUCCAUUUGUCACUGUGACAGAAUACGCGGUCCUGAAAAACAAAAUUGUUCAACUCUGCCUGCAAUUAACGACUAUCGUGCAACAGGACAAUUCAAAACAAAUCAUGGAAUUGUGGAAUAAAGACUUGUCAGAACAAGCAGAAGCUGGCUCUUCAAUGCGUGGUGAAGAAGGCAAGAUUAUAUAUGUGUGCAAAAGCUUGACUGGAAUCUGUGAGGCUAUAAUUUCUCUGUCUUCGGAUACUUUAUCAAGUCAUUCUGGACAUUUAGAAGUUGUCUACAUAAACAGCUCAAUAACCAAUGGUGGUAAUCUUGACCAAUGCAAGCAAAUUGAUGCAGGGGAUGAAGUGAUCCAAGUUAAUGAUCAGACUGUGGUCGGGUGGCAAUUAAAGAACCUCGUGAGCAUAAUGAAAGAAGACCCACGCGGAGCGCGUGUAACCCUAAAGAAGCAUCCCCAGAAUGUUCGGGCUGGUACUUCUUCAAUUAUGAAGAAUGUGAGAUGGGAGCCUCAUCCACUUGAAGGUUUGGGUGCAACAGGGAUAAGCAGACCCACAGAAACUGUUAGCACCAUGGACCAAACAACCCAGGUGGAACCAGAGGGAUUCUUUCAUUCUUCCAUGCCUGGACAACAUAGGCCAAGGGAUGACAUACCAACAAUAUCUUAUGAAGACUUCAGCGAACCUGGUGCUGGAAGAGCUACUGCAGCCAGACAUGUAAGACCUCCUGGCUUUUUCGUGGAACCUGAAACCUUGAAAUACUACACCUUAAUCGAAAAUGAAAACCACCCAACUGGCAAUGAGCAUCAACGAGGAAGAUCUGUAAGCGUUCGAAGAAAGGAGAGGCCUGCUCCCCAAGGUGAACCAAGGCCUGUUUCCAUGCCCCCCGAAUACGGCUGGGCGAGGGAUCCCAGAGAACAUGGAAUGCACAGGCGAAGUGGCAGAGCCCCAGAAGCUGAGAGUUCAAUGAUGCAAUACGUGGCUGAUGAAAGGAUGUUGGCUUACCGAGGAGAACUUUCAAAGCACAAGGAAAAGAAGGACUCAAACCGAAAGUCCAAGAAAAAGAACAAACACGUAAGUAGCUCUAACUAACCUAUCCAUCCAUCUAUGUUGUCUGAUCCUCCAUUGGCCUCCAGACAUCCUUAUGUCUUGAAUUUUACUGUGCCUGAGGACUCUGCUAUGGCAACACCUCAGAGAGGUGGAGACAACAGCCGUGGAGAUUCUGACAGAUAUGCUGGCGCUGGCGCCGAACGUCAGGGAGCUGUACCCGUGAAAAAGACUUCUCACUACACUUCCUUGAGAGAAAAAACCAAGAAAUGGUCCAGAGGGAGUUCCUGGAACAGUGGAAGCCGAAGACGCAUCUCUUGCAAAGACCUGGGCCACGGAGACUGUGAAGGCUGGCUGUGGAAGAAGAACGACGGCAAAAGCUACUUCACCCAGAAAUGGAGAAAAUACUGGUUCAUUCUAAAAGAUUCUUCCCUAUACUGGUACACCAACCCAGAGGACGAAAAAGCCGAAGGAUUCAUCAGUUUACCUGAAUUCCGCAUUGACCAGGCCAGUGAGUGCCGGAGGAAAUACUGGAUGAACCGUCUGGGCCUUGCAGCCAUCGGUUAUUCCCCUGAAGAAAAAGAUAUCCAACCACGUGAAGAUUACUGGAGCGAGAGUGAUCAUGAUGAUACUGAGAGCGCUUUGACCCUGAGACUGGAAGGUGCCAUGGCUCUCAAUGAUGUCAGUGUCAGUCAUCGACCAACCUCAGGCACUUCUGCAAGUCCUUUCCCAGAAUCCAGGCACGUUUCGAGUCCAUACUUGGAACCCCAACACCAUUCAACUGCAUACAUGGAACGCAAACACCAUGCAGGUCCAUACCCAGAAGCAAAACACCACGCAGGUCAAUACCUGGAGCCACCACGUGGCCCAAGCCCAUACCUGGAAUCCAAACGUGGCCCAAGCCCAUUCGUCGAGCCUAAACGUGGCCCAAGCCCAUUUGCUGAACCCAAACGUGGCCCAAGUCCAUUCCUGGAGCCCAAACGUGGCCCAAGUCCAUUCCUGGAGCCCAACCGUAGCGCAGGUCCAUACAUGGAUCCCAAACGCGGUCCAAGUCCAUUCCUGGAACACACACACAGUACCAAUCCAUUCCUGGAUCCCACACUUGGCACAAAUCCAUUCCUGGAAACCAAACGUGGUGCUUGCGCAUUCCCAGAAACCCAACGUGGUGCCAGUGCACUCCCAGAUCCGAAACGUGGUGCAAGCAUGUUCCUGGAUCUCCAACAUGGUGCCGGUCAUUUUCCAGAUCCCAAACGUGGUGCAAGUCGGUACCCAGAACCUCAACGUGGUGCCAGUCUGUAUCCGGAACAUGGUGCAAAUCCAUACCUGGAAUCCAAACAUGGUGCCAGUCCCUACCGAGAAAUCACUCAUCGUGGGACAAGUCCCUUCCCAGAAAUCAAACGCGGUGCAAGUCCCUUCUUGGAAUCCAAACCUGGUGCAAGUCCAUACAUGGAAUCUAAACGCGGUGCCAGUCCAUACCUGGAAUCCAAACAUGGUGCAAGCCCAUACCUGGAAUCCAAACGCGGUGCCAGUCCAUUCCCAGACCCCAAACGUGGUGCAAGUCCGUACCUGGAAUCCAAGCAUGGCCCAGGUUAUUGCCUGGAAUCCAAACAUGGUCGGCACUUCUCAAGUGAAUCCACUUAUUCUUAUUCUUCUGCUGAAGAGGCUCGACAGGAAGCCACAGGAAGUAGGGAUUCAUCCAGCCACAGGAAACUCCAUGGCGAAAGGCGAUCCUGGCAAGACCUCAUUGAGACACCAUUAACAAGUUCCGGGCUCCAUUUUCUCCAGACCGGUCCUAUUGAAGAUGAUUACAUGUUCGGCCUAACUCUACUGUCACCAGAUAAGCGACGACAAGCAACCCUGCCAGCCCAGAAAUACAUCAAUGACCAAGAAGGGCCUUUCCCACUGAUUCCCUACCAGCAGGAUCAUGGCUCACAUGCUAGGCCCCACAAGCAACGCAGUCAGAGUCUGCCUCGGAACAGAGAUGCCAAGAGCAAAGGUCACAUGAAAGCAUCUGAGUUAACAGAGAUAGAGGAAGAUCAAUUUCUCUUUAAGAAACCAAAUAGUUUCAAUGACGAAGGUAAGAUUUACGAAUUGUAA